CUGUUGUCCGGGAAGAAACGCACUGUGACUAAAAAAGUUUGGCAAAACGAAAAUGGGCGUUUCCAGUAUCGUUCACAGAAUUGGCCUUGGGGCAAUGAUGUUUUCGUUCUUGUAGGAAAAACGGGACUGAUCAAAGAGAGCAGUGUUUCUUUGUUUGAUAGUGAGUGAGAGAGAAGCUAGCGAGAGCAUCGUCUGAGAAUGCCUGGUAGAGACAGAGAGAGAGAUGAGCAAGUUGAAAAAUGACCGAAAGUGAAAAAGAGCGUCGAGAAACAAAAUUGAGAUGCAAAAAACGCUUGUUUGGAAAAAAUAGAACUCGAAUUAGUGGUUUUCGGUAGUUGUCGACCAUUCACUCUACAUCUUUGAAAAAAACAGAGGCUCCGAAAAGGGCAAGUGGAUUUGUCAGAAGGAUACGAAAUCGUAGAAUUUAGUCGUUCUAAAAAGGAUGAAUGAUUAUAGUGCUAGUUCUAGGUCUCGUCGUUGUCGAUCUAUCUAUACCCACCGGCUAGGAGGGAUGGUUGCUCGUAAUGUGCAAUCCUCCUUUUGGAGCGUGUGGUAGAAUAAAGACAGCUGCCUCGCUAUGCAUUGCCGUUAAUAUGGUCCCCUGAGACCGGUGAUGCACAAUGGCGUUGGACAUUCACUGAUGCCUCGUUGAUUGAUGUCGCUCGAAGAAGGGUUUUAAAAUCGUGCCGAGGCUAGAUCGUACGUAGUCUUCUUAAGUCGCCUUCCAUUUUGAGCAAUUGUUGUACUCUUAGACCACGAACAAGGAAGAGAAUGUUGGUGCACAUCUAAGGAAACUGAAAAGUCCAUGGCGGCACCUUUAUCAAAAGUCCGUUGUCGUGCCUAGGCGCGCGGGCGGCAGCAUUUUUCGGAGGACACGCUUGACCUAGGAUUCGCGAAGUGCCGAUAACUUGGCCGACGUGAAGUACAGCGGUCCUGUGCGCAUCAGGACAAGGAAUAGUCUUCCACAGCUCAUCAACCUUUCCUAGGAACGACGCCUACUAGAGGGACACGACAUCACCAAAAUGACAAAAGACGGCGAAGGCAAGGGCUAUUUAGCCGACUUGCAGGAUGAGGACUACGACGAUGCGGUUUCACGACGUCGCCAGCGGUCGUUGGCGGGCAAGGUGUGCCAGGAUAUGUGCCUUUUCGGCAUAUUCCUAUCCGCAUUCACCAUCGUCGUUCUGGCGUCCUUGUCACAAGAUAGUUCUCUGUUAGUCGCAAGAACGCAAGAAAUAAUGGCCAUGAAGAACAGCACAGCACCUUUGGAGAGCGUGAACAGCGUUGAGAGCUUCUACGACUACGUGGAGAACUUCUUCGACGUCCUGUUUACCAGUACGGCAAAGGAAACGGGUCAGUUUUUAGUCGUUCUUCUCUUCUCUUCAUAUGAUAGUCGUUGAGAUCAUGAAUACUUCAUGUGUGUACACCUAGCAAUUUUUGUGCGAGCUUGUUGUAGCGGAAACGCAUGGUCCCAAAAUCAACCCCCCUUUCAUUUCCCACACGACCGACACCGAGCUGGCGAAAAUGCGAUCGCAGGUGAUGCUGCCGCUGGACACGAGCAACAGGCUUUUCGGCACGGUUCAGAUGCGGCAGUGGCGAGUGACGAAGAAAGAGGGAUGCCAAGUUGGCACCAUGUUUAGUGAGUACAUGACGGAGUGUUAUCCGGUCUUUUCCACAGGGGUCGAAAGUAAGGAGGCGUACGGGUCUACAACUAAUCCGAAUGAUCCAGAGUUCAUUUAUUCGGAGCCAGAUCCGUUGCAGUCCGAAUCGGUGACAGGACAAGUGAGUACGUAUCCGGCAGGCGGUUAUUUUCUCGCAAUAUCAGCGAAUGCGACGAAGGCGACCGCGUCUUUGGCAAGAGCGAAAGCACAAAAGUUCAUAGAUGUGCAGACGAGAGCGGUACUUCUUGUAUGGGCGUUUUGGUAAGAUCUGAGUCGAUUGUUGAUCCCUUGUUAUCGAGAUUUCACUUUUGCCGCAAAAGGACUCGCAGCUAUUGAUCGUAGUUCUUCUGCCCAUCAUCUCAUGAGAUUUAGUACAAUUACUUGAGACGUAAUGAACGGACAUCUCACGAACAAACGCCCCCCCGCCUCAACAAACGCCCCAAGCCACACUGCUUCCUCCACGACAGGUCGCCCUCACUUUCGCUCUUUGGAACAGCAAUUUGGACCAGUAUAGUGCCAACAUGAUACUUUUCGAGUUUCCAGCUGUUGGCAAGGUGCAAACGAAAUUCACGACUCUAGUACUUACGCAGCGGCAAUUGCAGAUAUUCGGAGGCUCCACAGCAGCAGACAUGAUAGCCUGGAUCAUGGACUGUGUGGUGCUGGUGUUUGUGCUCUACUUUAUGGUGGGCUGCUGAUGUGCUCUACUUUUUGUUGGGAUGGGACUAAACUCACACAUGGAGAUGGACAACUGGAAAAAGAAGUUCUCUUCUCGUGCAUAUUUAUAAUAAAUACUACAGUUCUUCGCCAUGAGGACGGAGAGGACCAGGUUUGGUCUCCUUAUUUCCUAUUGUGUAAUCCAAAAGUGUAUGAAAAGUAUUUCCUAGAAGAACCCAGAAAUGAGUCUUCCUAGAACCCAAACGAGUAGUGGGAACCUUCUAAUGCCCACAUCGCGGAAGAGUUAUCCGAAAUCUCGAUCGAGAGGUGGGCGUAUCUCGAGGACGGAUGGAAUAUUCUGGAUUGGAUCAACAUGGGCUUGUUGUUAACGGCGUACACGAUUCGAAUGACCGCGUACAUGGAGAUUGGCAGCGUCGGCCAGCUGGGAGCAGCAGAAACUGUUGGGGGACCAGGAAGAUUCGAAGCCUACACAAAUUUGCAAGGGAUUGCAAGUACGAUCGGAUAUUUUUAUAGACGACUGACUCCUGACCAUCACCUAAGAUGACUUCUGAAGAAGACUAGAGAUAUUAUCUGAUAAGCACAUAUAAAAGUGGUAGUGUGAAGAUCGAGAGCCACUACGACACGACUUCCUAGUACAUUUGCAUGACGCCGGAAACAAAAGGAACCAACUUGAUAAAACAAAACAGACAAAGUCGAUACCUCGCGCUUGAUUAACGCGAUAAAUGCGGUGCUGCUGUGGGGCAAGUGCGUGAAAUACAUCGGCUUCUUCCCAUACAUCCACUUCUUGUUUAACAUCAUCCAGGACAGUAUGGCCUAUUUCGUGUAUUUCAUCUUGCUUUUCGCGAUCAUCCAGAUCGGGUUCGUGAUCUCGUUUGUGGUCUCCUUCGGCGAUGUGCUGGCGGAAUUGAAUUCUGUAUUUUUCUUUUUUACUCCAUAGAAAUACUGACUCUGAAGAGUCCUAGAUAAAUCUCAUUAUUAUUUGUAGACACUCUAGUCCACAUGCAAUAUUUGUCAGACACACACCAUGAUCGUGUAUCCUAUGCGCAAACCCUAAACCCUAAUUCCAUCCUACCCAAAGGUCGCCGCUGGCUGGCUCUACACCAUUCGAUCUGUCUGUGCGGAUAUCGACGUUUUGCCGAUUUUCGAGAAGGAUGCUAUUGUCGGAGCCGUCUUUAUUCUGCUUUAUUACAUCGUGGUUAUUCUGGUCUGCAUCAACGUCUUCUUCAGCAUCAUGGCAGCGACGUUGAUGGAAGCCACGUAUGACGCGAGGAAAGGUACUCUAUUUCGCUGCACAUGUAGUAGUGGUCAUGUUUGAAUUUCAGGGAAAGGGAUUUGAAAUGCAGAAAUAGUUGAGCGUUCGUCUCAUUUGGCCGUAACACUACUCAAAAAACUCCACUUCCCGCCCGUCCUUCCCUUCCAGCCGAGUCCCAAAAGAACGAGAAGUCCGAGGCCAUCGUUGUGGUGAUCCAAAUGACAAGGGAGUAUUUUGGCAACUUGUGCCAGUGUCAGAAGCGAAUAAGGCAGUUGUCACCAGCACUUGCAGCAAGAAUAUACGGCGCUAAAAAGAAGGCAGUAGAGGAUGGAGACGUGAAAAAGAAUGACAGGCAAGGAGCGCUUAAGGAUCGAGGAGGCGCGCGGGAGGAGAUGGAUGCUACGGGGGCUAAAGACGACCUGCCAAUGUUGGGAUUGAGGAGUGCAGAGAACAUGAGCAAAACGAUUAAGGAGUUUACUCCGAAAGAGGUACUGCUCGGUUGCCAAGAACAUUGCUGCUGGCCUUCCAUCUUCCAUCUUUCUAGGACUCUUACUUUUUGAGGAAGCUCGUCUUCUGAGAGACAUGUAGGAUAGGGGCCUGUAUUGAUCUGACCCCUCCCACAGGUGAUGCGCGCAGUCGAGCAUCUCGCAGGACGAGUGCUGUCAAAGAUUCACGCUUGCGGCAUUGAGAUCCGAAUUGAGGUUUUGCGAGUCCAGGAAUCCUUGGGGCAGAUGGUUGGUGUCGCAGAAGCCCUGUCUAUGAGGAUGGACAAGAUUCAGAGAUCGCAGAACAAGUUUCUCAAGGACUUUGCUGGCUAAGAUGAUCUAUCUACCUCUCCAAGAUCCCAGUAGUGAUCCCCAGAAGUAGCCCUUUACUCUUUAGAUCUCUCGUUGGUACUAUUUUUGCAUUUCCGCCAGUUCUCUUGCUUGCAUCGAAAUUAACUGUCAAUUAGAAACGAAAGCUUCUGUUAUACCUGUGCUUCUAAAUUUUACUGUUGAAUUCGAGAAAACCUAAAGACUCACACCACUUCAAUUUCACUAAUUGCCUUGAAGUCAAAGACACUAAGUCUCUGCUAAACGGUCAGGAAAUGUGAUGUGUCAAUUAGUACUAAAAGGAUCGAAAUGAUGUUGAACUCCUAAGAUGUUGGGCAGAUUUUUAGAUGUUAAUCAAAAAUGCGAUUACCGAGGGGAAAACCUGAAAUCUCCAU